AUGAAAGAGAGGAAGAUCAAGAGCUUGGAGCAGAUCUACCUCCAUUCUCUCCCCGUGAAGGAGGAACUAGAUCAUCGAUGCACCCUCAUUGACGGCCCUGGAAGCGGACUCAAGGAUGAGGUAAUGAAGAUCAUGCCCAUCCAAAAGCAGACCUGUGCCAUACAGCGAACCCACUUCAAGGCUUUCGUCGUCGUUGGUGAUAGCAACAGGCACGGCGGCCUUGGCGUCAAGUGUGUGAAGGAGGUCGCUACUGCGAUUCAGGGGCGAUCAUCAUUCCUUGCCAAGUUGUCUGUUGUUCCUGUGCGUAAAGGGUACUGGGGAAAUAUUGGGCAGCCUCAUACCAUUCAUUGCGAAGUUACUAGAAAGUGUGGGUCUAUUACUGUUCAGAUGGUUCACUGCAAUCAAAUAACAAAAUAA